GCGGGGCUCGGCGUGGCUCCUCCUUCGCCCGCCCCCCAGGCUCCCGGGUUGGGCAGGGGGGUCUCCGAGCUCGCGGCUGGCUGUCCUGACGUCGAGGCCAGUGUGGGGAAGGGCCGGGUUCUGGGCAGGACAGGUCCGGGGCGCUGGGGUCUGGGCUGGGGCAAGGAGGCCUCACCUGCGCCUGGGUCCUCCGGGCCUGCUCCAGCUUUCCUUCGCCGGUGAUGGGGGCCGGGCCCCGUCCCCCCGCCCCCGGGGUGCUCGCAGUCUGGUCCCCAUGCACUCUCCUUGUGGCCUCCUUCCAUCAGCUGUCCUCCCGCCGCCAUGCUGCCCCUGCUGCCCCCGUGCCUUUGUCGGCUGUGGCCCCGCAGCCCUCCCACCCGGCUGUUCGCAGAGGCCGCCCGGCAGCGGUCUGGUCCCAGGAACUACUAUGAGCUGCUGGGGGUACAUCCUGGUGCCAGCACCGAAGAAGUUAAACGCGCUUUCUUCUCCAAGUCCAAAGAGCUGCACCCUGACCGGGACCCCGGGAACCCAGCCCUGCACAGCCGCUUUGUGGAGCUGAGUGAAGCAUACCAAGUACUCAGCCGGGAGCAGAGCCGCCGGAACUACGACCAACAGCUCCGCUCAGCAACUCCCCCAAAGCCUCCAGGAGCCGCCGCCCCUCCCAGGUCUGCUCAUCAGGCACAUAGCAGCUCCUGGGAACCCCCCAACGCACAAUACUGGGCCCAGUUUCACGGUGUGAGGCCUCAGAGACCAGAGUCGAGGCGGCAGCAGUAUAGACACAACCAGCGGGUGCUGGGGUACUGCCUCCUGAUCAUGCUGGCAGGCAUGGGCCUGCACUAUGUUGCCUUCAGGGAGUGGUGGAGCCAACCAAAAUCAUGCACAGGAAAGAAAUGCACUGUGACUGCCUCACCAGCGCUCUCCUCACUUGUUUGGCAGUCAGCUGUCUCCCCGCCUCUCUCAUGCCUGCCCUGACACAGGUUCUGCAGCACUGGUCACAGGCAGCGCCCACUGACAGCGGCCGAGCUCAGUGAUGGCGUCAGACACACAGCCCUUUCCAAGCUCUUGGAGGACCACCCUGACGUUCAGUGCUGCGGUCACCACAUUCGGCCGAUAGCCAGGGACCUGGGUCGCCACUGGACCCUGGACAAGCCUGGCUACUCUGUACUGCUCUCCUCACCUAGCACAGGCAGUUAGGCUGAGGUUCCCACAGAUAGAAAGCACUGACACCCUAGAGUGGGGGACAGGAGGGUUUGGGGGACCCAGAGUUCAUUGUAACCCCC